GCUACACUCAACAUAACAUAACACGGUCAAGAACUCACAAUCCUUGUAUCAACGCCCAAAUCUUCUCUCCACUGGCUUUGAAUACGCCCGUAACCAAUAUUCAUUAUUAUAUCAUUAACUUUUCUGUUGUUAGUGGAUAACAUACCCGUUGUCUAUCGUAUCGUCACCUCUAUCUUAUCCAACCUGAGCUCAGAGAGCCAGAGUCUAUGAUGACGACUCACGAUAGCUUCAUCGAUGUUCUACCAAAUGAAACUCUCACCUCAAUCUUAACCCCCUUCUCAACUCAAGAUUUACUCUCUUUCGCCCCGAUUAACCGCCGCAUCUGCUCUCUUGUCACUCGUCUCCUUCACCAACGCCUGCUUCAAGCUGCGCCCCUUCCGGACAAUAAGCUUAUUUUAGAGUGCUACCACCCAAGUGAUCAGCUUUACACACCUUAUUUGGCAUGUCGCUAUCAAGGUAUUGUUGGGCAGGACGGCCAGUCCAUCAGUGAAGAUAUGCCCGAGCUGUCUGACCUGAGAGCGUUGUAUGCCUCUUAUAAGCCCGUCUUCGCUCCCGAGAACCGAAGUAUCAAAAGGAGCCGGAGACGUCCCACGGAGGCGCAGCCCUCUGAUGAUGUUGAAGAUGAUACCGCCACCCAAGAUGUGAACCUUGAUGAUGGGGAAAUGUUCUCUCAGCUUUGUGCCGUUACGAACCUUGUCAAGGAAGGCCCAAGGAGCGGACUGUUCAUAAGCCAUGUUAACAUUGUCGAUGGGGUCAUCCGCGUCUUCCGAAAGUGGCUCGCCAAGAUGGCCAGUAGACAGGAUAAAUUCCAGUCCGACUCUGAGAAUAUCAUCUGGAUUGAUACGCACAAUACCGUUGGAAUACGAUUCAGUGUUGCACCGGCAGCAUCUGAAACGAUGCCACUGAUUUCAGGUCCAGAUGAUGAUCCACCAGUUCACUACAAGCUUGUAUAUGAAGAAUUGCUCAUAAGAACGAGUAGUCUCCUCAUGGCCGUGGAGCAAUCUGCGGUGCAGGAAAUUGGAAACUCUGGAAAGACUCUUGUGAUUCACGGCGCAGCCAUGUAACCGAGUCGAGUGUAUUGAGACACUUGUAAAUGACUGUUUCCCUUUGAGAGUUCAAAGAUAUGAUUUCAGUUCACGUUUCGUGCCACUGACAUGUCACUUAUUGAUGCUCAGUUAUUGUCAAGUCUAGAAUUCUAGUCUACCUAGAUUGCGAUACACACAUCGCCACUCAUCACAAGCCAUAAAUCUUAUCAUCGUACAUAUAGACCACACAUAAGAAAAGGGUCCCUUCUAAAAACCUCCCUUCAAAGACUCGUCGAUCUCUUGCCCGG